AUGUUGUUGUGUUCUCUGAAACGUGCGCCUCCAUCCGUGGAGCUGUGGCCCCGGGUGCUGACGGUGCCCGUGGGGGCCCGGGUGGUGCUGGAGUGCCAGGUGACUGGUCAACCUUUACCCUCCAUCAGCUGGAUGAAGAGAGGUGCCUCCAAACAGACCGGAGGCAAGAUCACGUUGGGACUGAGGAACGCCAGCCUCUACAUCCAGUCCACCAGGAGCUACGACGAGGGGGUGUACGUAUGCGAGGCCUCGAACGUGGUGGGACGAAGCAGCAGCACAGCGCUACUCAGAGUGGCUGUGAGCCCAGUCAUAGUCACAUUUUCAGGUCACGUGACCUGCAGGCCCGGGGGGUCGGUGGUCCUGCCCUGCAGAGCUGUAGGGAUUGAACCCAUCACUUAUACCUGGACUCGGGCCGGAGCAGAAACCCCCAUCAGCCCCACUCCACACAGACACACUGAUGGUGAGUUUGAACGCGUUUAUUUUGCAGCAACAAACACGAACACGAGGCGUAAGCUAACUCUUAUUGUCGCCCGAGUAGAAGAUGGGGCGUUGCAUAUUUCCCGUGUGCACUCUUCUGAUGCUGGGGAGUAUUUCUGCACCGCUGAGAACCGAAUAGGACGACACCAGAGACGUACGAUCCUCAGCAUCACAGAUGAAGAGCAUCUGGAUGUUAGAGGGAAGCAGACCAGACAGAUUUUGUCUGCUAACACAAACGCCGGUGGGAAGCCUCCAGUUUCACAAUCAAGCAUCUUCGCGGCUGAACAACACUUUAAGACGACUCAUCAUCCACAUGUACAAGCACAGCAUAAAGAAACGACACGCUCAAGCUCCAACAGUGGAACCACAUCUCCUCCAUUUUCCAGGAAAUCCAUGGCUGCGUUGAAGCUGCAGCUCCAACUCAACCAGCCCACAGCCACCCCCCAUCGGCCUUCAGCCACACAGAUGCAGCCUCUCAUAUUACCACCUCCUCCCCAUCCGAACUUCCAGUCUACCCACACCCAGUGGCCAGUAACCCCUCAUCCAUCUUUCACCAGAGGCAUUCUAGGUGCAACUCUGCGCUACCUACCCAGUGAACCCCGUUUGAUUCUGACAUCACCACAAACACAAGUCAGAGAUGAACCGUCUCCGGAUGUCCAGACACAACCGCCGCCAGAGCUUCCAGCUGGAGGACCGUUUGACUUCCUCAAAUUUGACUCACAUGUGCCGACGCAGAACCCUGCAGCCCAAACUGAGACGAGCUACUCAGAAGCUGAAUCGCUUCAGUCUCACCAACCAGUCACCGAAGGCUCAUUUUUGCAGCAAACUCAUCCUCAACAGUCGUUCAACUUGAGUUUUUUACCAAAGUUUCACCUCGAGCUUUCGUCGAUUCCUCCCUCCACCCAACCUCCACCUCCUUUAGUCACCAAACUUCAAGUUCUUGGUCAAAUGUCAACAACAACAGCAGCAAAAGUUUCAAACUUUACUGAGCUUCCUCAAACUAAACAUCCAACGGAGCUUUUAUCCUCUACUAUCCAUUCUAACCGUUCAACGUUGGAUGUUGAGGAUCGUGCCAACAGAUCAGAUCAGCUAAAUGCCACUCAGCAGGACCCCCCAGUCCAGUCGGUGAAAUCAGGCAACGACACCGUGGACGGAGCGAAGAUGAGAACGUCCCAGUCACCAACAACCAGCAGUGAUCUCAGAGUGACGCAGCGGUCGCCGUCAUGGCUGCCCGUGCUGGAGAAACACGACAUCCCCGUUGUGGUGGGAGUGGGCGUGUCCUUAGCUUUCAUCUUCAUCACGGUCACCUUCUACUCGGUGGUUCAGAAGAACGAACCGGCGCCGACGAGCCGAGCAGGCAAGAAAACGCCUCCACGCGUCAAAUGUCAGCCCGCACACUUUUACACUCAAAUCAAAUAA